CUAAAAUUGGCUCGCACGAACCCCACAAUUGUUGAAGAAUCAGGUAAAUUCCAAAGUCCAAGCCCAAAGCAAUGAACCUUCUAGAGCUAUAAAGACGCCACAUCCACGAAUGGCGUCCACUGUGUGCUGUAAAGUGCCGUCGCUCAUCUCAUCCUCAGCCAUACGACGCCGGCUACCCCUGGUCGGCGCCUUCUGCGUUCUCAGCUUGGGCUUCACCAACCUCUGCCCCAUCCUCUCUUCCGCUUCCCUCAAAACGGGUUGUGUUCAGUCUCUCCCCUUUGUCCGUUAUCUGAGAUCGAAGUUCAGUACGCAGUCCCAGACCGUGUACGCUGUGGCAAUGGAACGGAGUAGCAACACUGUGCCAAGUAUUGUUGUUUAUGUUACUGUUCCCAACAGAGAAGCAGGUAAAAAGUUGGCUGAAAGCAUUGUCAAGGCGAAACUAGCUGCAUGUGUAAACAUAGUGCCUGGUCUUGAAUCUGUAUACGAGUGGGAGGGUAAGAUUCAUACAGAUCCUGAGGAGCUGCUUAUAAUCAAGACCAGGGAAUCCCUCUUGGAAGCUCUGACACAGCAUGUCAAGGCAAAUCACGAAUAUGAUGUACCAGAAGUAAUUGCCUUGCCCAUCACUGGCGGGAGUCCUCAAUAUCUAGAAUGGCUCAAAAAGAACACAAGGGACUGACUCUCUCGUAUGUAGUAAGAUGGCUCAAGCGUAUGAAACGGUCCAAGGGUCAGCUCAAGUGGUGUGCAUCUGAAGUAAUGGUUAUGUAUAUGGAUGGCUCCUUCCAACUUAAUAAAGCUAGGAUACUUUGUCUCUAUUUGAUAAUGUGAACCAAAAUCUGCUUUGUUCUGUUGAAGUGCUUGCCGUCUUUGGUUUGUACGUAACAUAAGUAUCAAUUGACCAUCUAUUACUUCGUAUGUUCAAUCGUUGUUUAAAUCAUUGUUUAUAUCUAUGAAGCUUAUUGUUUUCUUCCGUCCAUCGGUGUCUGAUGAAUAUGGUUUUGGUUUGAAUACAAUUUUUUUUUUUUU